AUGACCCAGCCAUCUACACAUAAUGAUAUCACUCUUCAUAAUCAGCCACCAGACACAAUAUCUUUUAAUACGGAUGCAACAGAACAAACAACGAUAGUGCCUAAUUCACAACCUGUGGACGUUUCAAAUAUACCAUUACCCAAAGACAAUUAUCAACGUUAUUUAUCUGUUCAAAAUCACAAUAUUGUCAUUCCCUCUUAUGCUGCAUGGUUCGAUAUAUCGCAAGUAAACACGAUCGAAAGACGAGCUCUGCCCGAGUUUUUUAAUAAUCGCAACAAGACAAAAACACCAACAGUCUACAAGGAAUACCGCGAUUUUAUGAUCAACACAUAUCGAAUGAACCCUGUAGAGUACCUUACUAUCACAGCUUGUAGACGUAACUUAACAGGCGACGUGUGUGCUAUUUUGCGAGUACAUGCUUUUCUAGAACAAUGGGGGUUGAUUAACUAUCAAGUUGACCCCGAUGCUAAACCGUCAUCCGUUAGUCCACCUUUUGACAGUCAAUUUAAGGUGGUGGUUGUAGAUGAAGUGAAGAAGGAAGAGAUACCAACAGACAUUAAACAAGAAGAACAAAUAGAGAAUCAAAAGAUGUCGAUCGUGGAUAUAGAAAAGGGAAAGAUACCACAGACAUGCGUGUCAUGUCAAAAGACAUGUACAGAAGAGCAAUACUGUAGCACUACAAGAGACAACUUUUUUCUUUGUCGUCACUGCUACAUAGAAGGAAACUAUCCUGCGGAUUUAAAAGGAAGUGAGUUCAUCUAUUUCAUAUUAGAAGAAGAAAACAAUAUAGAUCAAUGGACUGAGGAAGAGGAAAGUCUGUUCAAAGAAGGAUGUGAACAAUUUGGUGAUAAUUGGGAGAAGGUGUCAGAACAUGUCAAAACACGUACACAUGAUGAAUGCAUUCUUCAUUACUUACAGUUACCCAGCAAAGAUCCUGUGGAUACUCUCAAAUUGACUGAUCUAGGAUUACUCCAAUAUGACUUGAAUCAGCGAAAUGCUAACCCUGUCAUGUCAGUCGUAGCCUUUUUAUCUUCAACCGUCGACCCAAAGGUGGCAGCAGCGGCAGGACAA